GUGUAGCCCUGAGGAGGCAUUGAGCCUGAACAUUACUGACAGUUAACUUACCGGUGCUAAGAUAUCGAGGUACUAGUUCCACCUUCUUUUUUAAUAAUAGAUCUUAAACCUCCGCCUAGUAAGCCUAGCUUGAUCCCUUUUUUCCUUAUAAGCUUCUUCCUCGUAAACAAAAUCCACAAAAAUAUUUUAAUAAAAUUAAGCAAUCCGUUCCUUCACUAACCUUGCGCAAUCGACAACGUACUCAUACAAUAUUAAACGUAGAUAGGAAAUCUAUAGCUGCUGCAGCUCACCAACACAGCAAUGUAUUAAUAGCUAAUAAUGCCUCUAAUACUGAAAUGAAGAAGAAUGCAGCAAAGCCUCAUUCAAUAGUUAGACCAAUGCCUAAAGUGAGUAAUGGACAGGCUACUAUCUCUACAUCAGAAGCAACUACUCCAGAAUCCUCAUCAACACCUUCCACAAUUCCCUUGGAAAGAAGAGAAAGACGAACUAGUAAACAGCCAACAAAUAUUGCUUCAACUUCAAUUAACAAAUCUGGUAGAAUUGAAACAAAAGUACAAAAAAGGCAAACGGGUGGGGUUAAUCAAGGAGUAUCACAACAAUCACAACAAAGAGUAGGACAACAAAAAAGUGGAAUUAAAAAACCAACAAUGGUUACUAGAAAAUAA